AUGUCGUACCAGUGGAGUACUUCAAGUGUCCUAAGGAAUAAUGGCAGUGUCAGGCCGUGGACCCAGAAAGAUGUAGCACUUAAGCCUCAGGAACGUGUGGAGAAACGCCAGACCCCUCUGACCAAGAAGAAACGAGAAGCACUUACUAACGGUCUGGCCUUUCAUUCUAAGAAGAGUAGACUCAGCCACCCACAUCAUUACAGCUCCGACCGAGAGAACGACCGCAACCUCUGCCAGCACCUUGGGAAGAGGAAGAAGAUGCCGAAGGGACUCAGACAGCUGAAGCCAGGCCAGAACAGCUGCAGGGACAGUGACAGUGAAAGCGCCAGCGGAGAAUCCAAGGGCUUCCACAGGAGCAGCUCCCGGGAAAGGCUCAGUGAUAGUUCAGCUCCUUCCAGCUUGGGAACAGGCUACUUCUGUGACAGCGACAGUGACCAGGAAGAGAAGGCAUCAGAUGCCAGCUCUGAAAAGCUCUUCAAUACUGUUAUUGUAAACAAAGAUCCGGAGUUAGGUGUCGGCACACUGCCCGAACAUGACAGCCAGGAUGCAGGGCCGAUUGUCCCCAAGAUAUCCGGUCUAGAGAGAAGCCAGGAGAAGAGCCAGGACUGUUGCAAAGAGCCCAUCUUUGAGCCCGUGGUGCUUAAAGACCCCUGCCCUCAGGUCCCCCAGCCGCUGCCCCAGCCCCAGGCGGAACCCCAGCCCCGAGCUCCUUCUCCAGACCCCGACCUGGUGCGGCGCACAGAGGCCCCGCCUCAGCCCCCACGUCCAAGCACACAGCCACCACAGGCGCCCCCAGAGGCCCAGCUUCAGCCCGCCCCUCAGCCUCCGGUGCAGAGGCCGCCGAGGCCGCAGUCCCCCACCCAGCUGCUCCACCAGAGUCUCCCGCCUGUGCAGGCCCAUCCCUCAUCCCAGAGCCUCACCCAGCCAUUGUCCGCCUACAACAGCAGUAGCUUAAGCCUCAACAGCUUAAGUAUAGUAGCAGAAGCAGCAGCAAAGAUCAUGCCCGCCUCACUUCUCACAUCUCUCUCACCACCUUCGGCCUCCCCUGCUCCUCUGUCAACAGUUCUUAACCACAGCCCCUUGCACAGCUUCACACCCACCCUCCAGCCCCCUGCACACUCACAUCACCCCAAUAUGUUCGCCCCUCCCACGGCUCUGCCUCCGCCACCACCUCUGACUUCAGGGAGUCUGCAGGUCCCCGGACACCCGGCCGGAAGCACUUACUCAGAGCAAGACAUCUUGCGACAGGAACUGAACACACGCUUUCUGGCCUCUCAGAGUGCUGACCGCGGGGCUUCCCUGGGCCCUCCGCCCUACCUGCGGACCGAGUUCCACCAGCACCAGCACCAGCACCAGCACACGCACCAGCACACGCACCAGCACACCUUCACGCCGUUCCCCCACGCCAUCCCCCCCACCGCCAUCAUGCCGACGCCAGCACCUCCCAUGUUUGACAAAUACCCUACAAAAGUUGACCCAUUCUACCGGCACAGUCUCUUCCAUUCCUACCCUCCUGCAGUAUCGGGCAUCCCCCCUAUGAUUCCACCCACUGGUCCUUUUGGUUCACUACAAGGAGCAUUUCAGCCGAAGACCUCCAACCCUAUCGAUGUUGCUGCUCGACCCGGGACCGUCCCGCACACUCUGCUCCAGAAGGACCCGAGGUUGACAGAUCCUUUCAGACCUAUGUUAAGGAAACCAGGGAAGUGGUGUGCUAUGCAUGUUCACAUCGCCUGGCAAAUCUACCACCACCAACAGAAAGUCAAGAAACAGAUGCAGUCAGACCCACAUAAGCUGGACUUCGGAUUGAAACCCGAGUUCCUGAGCCGCCCCCCAGGCCCCAGCCUCUUCGGAGCCAUCCACCACCCCCAUGACCUGGCCCGGCCUUCAACUUUGUUCUCUGCCGCUGGUGCUGCACACCCAACCGGGACCCCUUUCGGGCCACCGCCUCAUCACAGCAACUUCCUUAACCCUGCCGCUCACCUGGAGCCUUUUAACCGUCCGUCUACGUUCACUGGCCUCGCAGCGGUUGGUGGCAAUGCCUUCGGGGGACUUGGAAAUCCUUCAGUUACACCCAACUCAAUGUUCGGCCACAAGGAUGGCCCCAGUGUGCAGAACUUUAGCAGCCCUCACGAGCCCUGGAACCGGCUGCACCGAACGCCUCCGUCGUUCCCGACCCCUCCGCCCUGGCUGAAGCCAGGCGAGCUGGAGCGUAGCGCGUCCGCUGCAGCUCAUGACAGAGAUAGAGACGUAGAUAAACGAGACUCAUCUGUUAGUAAAGAUGACAAAGAAAGGUACGGAAAGAAACCGUUCUCGAGCCCCAAUGGGGAAGCCCGCUGGGUGCCAAGGGCAGCCGUCCACCCUCCCCGUCCCAGCCUCGUGCUCCAGCUGGCCCCGUGGCCUCAGCUCCUCGCUCCGCCCGAGGCCGGCCCCCAAGUCCCCGAGCGCACCCCCUCGGCCCCGUAG